UCCUUGUCCUAUCAGCCGUGCACAAACUGAGUUCUUGCACCGGGCUGGGGAGCUGAAGACUGUACGUUUUGUUCCGCUGUAACACUUCAUUUAUUCACAUUUGUCACAAUGAAUGCAGCAAGAUUUCUCCUUCGUCGUGCUGUUCCAGCGCUAAGACAGGUGCGAUGCUACGCCGACGCUCCUGCUGCUUCAGCCCAGAUGUCCUUCACUUUUGCCUCGCCGACUCAGGUGUUCUAUCAAGGCGCCAGUGUCAAACAAGUAGAUGUCCCAACUCUGACAGGCGUAUUCGGCAUUCUUCCGGCCCACGUCCCGACACUGCAGGUGCUCCGGCCCGGCGUGGUUACAGUCUUCAGUGAUGACGGAUCCCCCGUGAAAUACUUCGUGAGCAGCGGUUCGGUCACUGUCAACGCCGACUCCUCAGUGCAGCUAUUGGCUGAGGAGGCUGUCACUCUGGACAGCUUGGACCUCGCAACGGCCAAAGCCAACCUGGAGAAGGCCCAGUCCGACCUCCUCGGGACCUCAGACGAGGCCGCCAGGGCGGAGGUCCUGAUUAGCAUAGAGGCUAACGAGGCCAUCGUCAAGGCUCUGGAGUAGGCCACGGUCCCACUGCGCUGUGGUAGGAAAGUCUUUGUUUGUUUGCCAUCCCAGUCAAGUUCGUAACUGCAAGACGAGCCGCUUGCUUUGUACAGUGAAUGGAGUUCCCAAUAAAUUUAUUUGGAAUUAA